CCACCACAUGCCCCCUUCCCUCUCUCCCUUAUUUCUUCUUCUCACUUCUAUCGCUUUUUAUUAAUGAGGAAUGGAGACGACAGAAAAUCAUUCCCAUCUUCUCCACCCUUAGAUUGUGAAGUUGGUUUGGGUCUGAAGAUGCAGCUGCCCCCCAAUUCCUGUGACACAGGUGGUGGUGGUGUUGGGCAGUUUCUCAACGGCUCUAGCAACCCGCCGCAUUUCUAUGACCUCUCUAAUGGCGCGCUUCUCCAAAGGUCUCUCGACAACGCUGCUGCUUCCAGAGCUUACGGAGGAGGCAUGAUGCCUGUGUGUGGAAAGGCCCUUUUCACGAGCGCACAGCUUCAAGAAUUGGAGAGGCAGAAAAUGAUACACAAGUACAUAAUGGCCUCCAUCCCUGUUCCCCCUCAGCUCCUCUUAUCCUCCUCAACUCCCUCCCAAUGCAACACAUCAUCGGGUGGUGUGGAAUUGAGGUAUUCAGCAAACGGGUCGGAUCCAGAGCCAUGGAGGUGCAAGAGGACAGAUGGGAAGAAAUGGAGGUGCUCAAGAGACGUGGCGCCCGAACAAAAGUACUGCGAGCGCCACGCCCACAAAAACCGGCCCCGUUCAAGAAAGCAUGUGGAAAUCUCACCCCACAAACCCUCUGCUCUGCCAUCUCCAAGAUCCACUUCUCAAUUCCCAUAUGACCAGUCCAGAUGCAUCGAGUGGUUAAUGAGAGGUGGCAACAGCGACCCGUCAAAGCAGCAGCAAUGGGAGUAUAAUAAGAAUGACAACAACAACAACAACAACAACGCGUCUGUCUAUCGCCCGCAAUUUUCCGAUGAGAGCGCCACGGCUCAGACGACGAGGCUGUUCAUCGACGCAAUCAGCAGCAAUAAGGAGGAGGCAAUCAGCCGCAAUCAGCCGCCGUCGCUGAGCCUGUCGAUGUGCAAUGAAAAGGGGGAUUUAGGGAUUGGAAUGAUGGUGAAGAAUCAGUGGGCGUGGAUGAAUUCGGGUGGGCCGCUGGGAGAGGCGCUGUGCCUUGGAAACGCUAGUACGACUUCCAAUUUGACAUCUCCUCGUAGUUAUGGGUAUAGCAACAACAGCAAUACUAAUAGCAGCAGCGAAGAUGGCAGCCAUGCACUCAAUUUCAUUGGCUGAGCCAAAGUCAAGGACGAAGUUGAGGCAAGAACGUAAAUGGCCUCUGAUUUUGCUUUUUUGCUUCUGUCUUCUUCAUUAAAGCUCAUUUACUUUUCAUAACUGCUACUCCAUCGUUUAAUUCUUCUUUUCUCUA